CAACAGUGCAUGUUAAAAAGAGUGAACUUAAUAAUAACUAUAGUAUACUACAAAGUUCUAUGGUAAGCACUACACGAUCAAGUGAUGCUACAGUGUAUAAUAUACUACAGUUGACUAAAUAUUUACAUAGUAAACUGUAGUCUUUUUUCAUGUGGGUUCAUUAAUUCCCUCCCCCCACCCACUCUUUCUUUCACUCCCUUCUUCUAUCCCUCCAAUCAGUCUGUGUGUCAAGGUGUGGGGCCCCUGGGUUUCCAGGUGUCUCUGGAGGAGCAGGCCUUCCUGCUGCUGACAGACCCAGAGAGACAGACCAUGGGCUACUACCUGCGGGAGUACCAGGAGGGACACAUUGGCCUGGAGCCCCUGACCAUGGCCCUGUUUGAGCUCUUCAACACUCGUGCCAAGUUGUCCCUGCUAUCUGAGGUGCGUAGUCAGGUGGCUCCCCAGGAACUGGAGCUGUAUGAUGGCCUGGUGCUGCAUCGCGAGAGGGAGGCUCUGAAGGCCUGGCACGGAGGAAUGGGAUCCCUACACCCUGUGCACCCAUACAGCCGCUGUCUACACGCUGAGCCCUCAGCCAGCCACAGCCACUCCAACCCGGCAAAUCUCUGCUCUGCCAAGGAGUCCUCACACGGUGACAUUGUACAGCAAGAUCCAGGGUCAACCACUAAUGUCCUACCUGACGUUACAUUGAAUGAAGUGCAGUCGACAGCUGAGUCUCCUCCGUUCUUCAAGCCUCCUCCUCCCCCCGGACCCGGACAGACCCAGCCCAGACAUCCGAGGGACAGGGACAGGGAGAGGGAGCAGUCCAAGCGCCUCUUAUCCAGACACUCCCAAUCUGGCCUGGUCUUUACUGCCCCCACCAGGCUGCACCAGGAAUGUCACCACACACACAUUAAAGCCUUCCAAAGCUUCUCCAACCACCAAACUUCCAACUCCCCUAGCUCUGACCUCCAUCACACCUGUCCCAACCCUGGCCAUCAUAACUGCUCCAACCCUGGCCAUCAUAACAGCUCCAACCCUGGCCAUCAUAACAGCUCCAACCCUGGCCAUCAUAACAGCUCCAACCCUGGCCAUCAUACCACCCCCAAACCUGGCCAUCAUACCACCCCCAACCCUGGCCAUCAUACCACUCCCAACCCUGGCCAUCAUACCAGCUCCAACACUGGCACUGGCAAUAGCGUCUAUCCAAGCUCUGGCAAUGACACAUCCACGUACUCUCUUCACCACACCUGCCAAAGCUCCCUCCACAUCUCCACAACUACCUCCUCCGACCACCACACCCCCCAAACACACCACGGCUGCUCCAGCUCCGGCCACCAUUCCUGCCCUGGCUCCCUUCAUCCCAAGCACUCUGGUCCUCAGAACAAGGACAAAUUCAUCAAGCUUCCCAUCUUCAGAUCCUGCUCCCAUGAGAAGCCUGUUACCUCCCCUGGUCCCUCCCCUGGUCCCUCCCCAUGUCUCUCUCCCUGUCUCUCUCCCUGUCCCUCCCCUGGUCCAUCCCCAUGCCUGUCCCCCUUUCCCUCCCGCUGUCCUUCACCCUGUCCCUCUCUCUCUGUGCUGGGACCUCCCCCAUGUAGUCCAGACAGGCCCUGCUCCCCCUGCUCUCCCUCCCUCAGCCAGGGAGGUUUGUGUGUCAUGGCCGACACACACAGACUGACUGCUGAGGCCAGGCCCGAGCCCCAGCAGAGAGGCACCACAUUGUCCCAGCUGUCAGACAGUGGUCAGACUCUGAGUGAGGACAGUGGGGUGGACAUUGCUGAGGCACGAGGGCUCAGUAAAGACAGCAGUCCUUGGCCAACUAAGAACCAGGCCAGCCAGGCCACACAAGGGCCCCAGGGGGCCCAGGGGUCUGCAGUACUGGCAUCCAAACAGCAGCCUGGUUCUCCAGUGCCCAUACUUACUCUGGUACGUGUGGUAAAGAAUGCCAACACUCUGGGCAUUGCUAUAGAGGGAGGUGCAAAAACACGGCAGCCACUGCCACGCAUCGUCACCGUACAGAAGGGGGGCUCGGCACACAGUUGUGGGCAGCUGAAGGUGGGACAGGUGAUUCUGGAGGUGAACGGGGUCUCACUGAGGGGUAGAGAGCACCGGGACGCUGCUCGCAUCAUCGCUGAGGCCUUCAAGACCAAAGAGAAGGACCACAUUGACUUCCUGGUUACCGAGUUUAACACAGCCCUACUGCAAGGCCUUUAGCGGGGUCGUAUUUAGGCACCACACAGAAGAAAAGAGACUGAAGGGACCACCUGAACUAAUGCCUGUUCCCAUUUUCCUGCAGGGGCUUCAGCAGGACUUUGCACUUUAGAGAGCUGGAACAGAUGGAGGAAGGAGGAGAAAGAGAGAACGGAAGGAGGGAGAAGUUUGAUGGAGUGUUGCACCUGGGGACAAAAUAAAGACAAUCCGUUAUUCUCCUGUAAGCCCCUUCUCCCUUCCCACAUUGUUGUCCCUAUAUACCAACUUACCAGGCUGACCAUGUAGUGUUAAAAAGCUAAAAUGCACGACAUCCUGCAUAAAGAAGAACCCACCGAUAGAACACAUAGUUGAAGUCGGAAGUUUACAUACAUUUAGGUUGGUGUCAUUAAAACUGAUUUUUCAACCACUCCACACAUUUCUUGUUAACAAACUAUAGU